AUGAUAGGAUUGCCUCACGAGAGCCUGGAAGCCUUGAGAAAGACGAAGAGGGACAGGAUGAACUUCUCCGCUCUGCUGAGUUUGCUGCUGAUGGCACCGGUGUGUGUGAUGCCACACACGUGCUGCUUUACCUGCAGCCAGGGGUGCGACUGGAACAGCACUUCAAGCUGGUUGCCGCCCGGAGCCACACUCACCAAAAUCCCCAGCCCGGAGACCACGAGGAUCGCAGCUCGAUCCUUUACCCCGUGGAACUACAUUAGCGACACAGACGCAGACAGAAUCCCGCAGACUAUAUGGACCGCCUACUGCCAACACAAGAAAUGUUGGCAGAAUCAGGGGGUUGAGUUUGCGCUCAACUACACCAUCACCGUCUUCUAUCGGCGGCCCUGCCCAGAUAGCUCACGCUACCAUCUGGUUCCCGGUAAAUUCACUGUAACAGUGGGCUGCACGUGUAUCCAUCGCAGGACCAUGUCCCUCGCUACCACGGGCUAG